CCAACACCAUUACCAAUCAUUGGUAAUCUCUUCACUCUUUACUUCUAUGAGCCUGGCUAUGAAGCAUUUCGUAUUUGGUCACGACAGUAUGGACGCUGUUUCACAUUUUGGAUGUUGAAUAGGCCCACAGUUGUAGUGACGAAUUAUGAGCUUAUAAAAGAGACUCUGGUCAAAAAUGGAGCUGCAUACACGGGCAGAAUGGAAGUACCUCAUUCUCGCGCAUCGAGAGGUGGCGACUACGGCGUAACGGAGACAACAGGAGAGCUAUGGCAACAACAGCGAAGGUUUAUGUUACAUGUGUUUCGUGAAUUUGGUAUGGGAAAGAAUCUCAUGGAAGAAAGAGUAAGCGCAUUUUGGUACUGA